AUGACUUCGCAUAUAGUGACUCUGGCUAAUGGCGUCAAGAUGCCCGCGUUUGGGCUAGGAACCUGGCAAUCAGGCCCCAAUGAGGUGUGCAAAGCUGUUGAGUAUGCACUGAAGGCUGGUUACAGGCAUAUCGACACAGCCUCUAUCUACGGGAAUGAGGAGGAGGUUGGUGAAGGUAUCAAGAAUGCAAAAAUCCCGCGUGAUGAAGUUUUUGUCACCACGAAACUGUGGAACUCAAUGCAUGCCCCAGAAGAUGUACCUGUUGCUUUGGAUACCAGUCUGAAGAAGCUGGGUCUGGACUACGUCGAUCUGUAUUUGAUGCACUAUCCCUGCGCUAAUGACAAGGCUGCAUUCGAAAAGGGCGAGAAUAAAAGCGUUGAUAUCGAUUACGUCGAAACUUAUCGUGCUAUGGAGGCAUUACUUGACACCGGAAAGGUCCGUGCGAUUGGAAUCAGUAAUUUCUGCCAAUCCGAGCUUGACAGACUGCUUGCAGCUGCAAAAAUUGUCCCAGCAGUUCAUCAAAUGGAGUUACAUCCAUACCUCAAACAGGAAACCUUUUUAGAUUACCACAAGUCUCAUGGUAUCCAUGUCACUGCGUAUUCUGCCUUUGGAAAUCAAAACCCUAGUUAUGCCCUCGCAGGCGAACCAAGGAUCCUCGAGCAUCCAAAGGUACUAGAGGUAGCUGCAUCCACCGAAAAAACCCCUGCUCAGAUUCUGGUUGCUUGGGCAAUUCAGCGAGGCACUUCUGUGAUCCCCAAGUCAGUGACUCCUUCCAGGAUUGACGAGAAUAUUGGAGGAGAAUCUUUGGUAUUGUCGCCAGAAGACUUUGAGAAGGUUUCCACUCUAGGAUAUUCCAUCAGAUACUCUGACUUUGGCCCACUUGUUGGUUACAAGUACUAUAGUGAUCUGGAAUGUCCGGGGAAGUAA